UCAUGUCGGCAAAAUUGCAAUCUCAUCACCCUUAAAAGUUCGUUUCCUGUCAGCAUCGCCCGCUGUCGAUAUUUCUUCUUGCCAAUGCCACCAAUGCCAUCACAUGUCAAGAGCCUCUCUAUGACCGCCAGUGCGCCUAGUGGCCUUGCUCUGUGUCUUCAUGCAACUCUUCUAGCCACCUCGGAGACGAGGACGAGGUGGACGCGCAGUCCGAUCGGCCGAUGAAGGUCUGUUCUGAAUCUGCGUGGCGGGAACACCAACUCGGGCGUCGUAGAAGCACGUGGCGAUCGGGCCCAGAAAAAGAUAAGCUGUCAUCAGGCGUGGGAUGGGUGAGCGGUCAUAACCGUGGAAAGUUCAACUCCACUUGCUCGAAACCAAGUCGAGUUUGACGCCGACGCCACUUCUCGACUCGAAGAUACGUAUAAGAGAUGCUGGAGCCAACGAUGCUGGCGCCGCCUAUGGCGAGCAAGAGGAGCAACCUUGACAAGGGCGAGGGCAGCUCGUCGAGCGUGCCCGACGCCGACGAGCGGCGGCGGGAGCAGACGCGCAUGGCUCAGCGACGAUAUCGGAUGCGCAAGCGGCAGGAAACCGACGCCGAGCGCGAUCGCCUCGACGAGGACACGACGCCGCGCUGGUUUGCGCCCGACCCAGGGGCCUUUCUCGACGCGCGCAAGCACCCUCCUGUCAGCCUGUCGGACGCCGUGGCGUCGGGCGUGCUGAACAACACGCAAAUCUUUACCACGUCCGAGUCCAUGUGGGCCGCAUACCAGAUGGUCGACUGGAUUGCGUCGGCCAAGUCAUCUCCACAAGGUCAAGGCACGUCAGAAACCGCAUCGCAAACAGCUCUGCGCGACCUCAUUCAGUCGAGCAGCCAGGGGGGCCGCGCCACGCUCACGACCCCCCACCUGGACUUCUUCCGCGCCUACUUUGGCAAUGCCGUCGCGCUGUCCUUUCCACCCGUCGACAUCUCCAAAUGCAAGGCACCCAGCCGCAUCAAGCAAAUAUGGCACGAGCGCACACAAAAAAGCCGACGUGUGCCCGAGAACAUGCAUCCCGUCGACGAGCAGCUCACCGUCGUCCACUCCGUCGCCCUCGACAUCCUCCCUUGGCCCGCGGUGCGCAGCCGCGUGCUCCGAGCGAUCAAGGCCAAGCUGCUGGACCACGACACGUUCAAGAUCGACACCAUCUUUGGCACCGAUGCAGAGCGCAUCGUCGUCUCGCCCUUUCGCAUCCACAGUGCGCCCACCGACGACGCCUUUCGCUUCGACGACGACGCCUCCUUUAAGGCCACGAUGGACCCCGACAAUUGGGAGUGCUCAAAGACAUGGCUCGAAAAGUACUGGUUCCUCGUCGACGAGAGCAUCGUCCAGCGGACCAACUACUGGAGGGAGAAGCAGGGCCUGGCCCCGGUCAGCACUUUUGGCAACGCGGUCUGAGCCCGGUCCAAGCGCCCUUUUCUCCUCUCGGUCUCGAAGUCCUAACUGCAUCACACCACAGCCUCAUUGACUAGGUUGCAAAA